AUGAAUUCUAUUGUUAACGUUGCCAGAUCUGAACCAGAAAAAGAGGCCGAAGAACGUAUUCUUGCAGAAUUUGCGAACUUAACCAAUGGAGAGGUUUAUGAUCAACUAAAAAAAAGGUUGUUAACCUUAAAACGUGGUGUUAAUGUUGUGGGGGGUUCGUCGGAUUAUUUGGCGUCGGACGGUUAUGAACUUCUGACUUAUCUACUACAGAACACACUGCGAGGAGUAAUCGAUUCUUCGCACGAACAUAAUAAAGAAGCCCAUAUUUUAGACGUGAGUUCUGGUGGUGGAGAGAUUAUAGAUUGGUUUUACGCUCAAGAAGUCCAUAGAUCUACUCACCGAAAAAAUUAUAAUAUGCACAUAAUCGAGACCAAUAAAAAAAUAAUUGAAUCAUAUAAUGAAAAGGUGAAAAAGAACGCUUUUUUGGAGUUGGAGAAUCAUGAAGGAAAAAUUCAAGAUUGCUAUAAAUCCACUUCAAAAACUCGACCAAAAUUUCAAAAACCCCUCGAUUUUGUUAGUUUUAUGCAUGCAAUUCAUCAUUUGACCGACUACACUAGCGAAGACUUUAAUCCAUAUGCUGACAUCACCAAUUCCUUAAAAUAUAUUUAUGGUCUGCUGAAGCCCGGUGGUGCCAUAUUCAUAGCUUACCACGAUGCGAGUUCCGAAUUUAUCUCAACUAAUAUUGAUUACCACAAAGAACGGCUUUCCAGUUCAGCGAUUGUAGAAAGAGUGAAUAAGACCAUCAAGGCACGUGAAGAACUUUUAUAUGAUGGUGCGAUCCUUGAGACUCUAAGAAAGGAAGAUUCAAAAACAAUUGCGAAACUUGAAUCUCAUCAAAUAUCCUCUUCUUUCUAUGCAAAAACUUUGGCGGAUAUGGCAGUAAUAGGAUUAUCGGGUGAAUUGUUAAAAACCGAUAAUGAAAAAUUUGAUAAUGGAAAGUUAAAGUAUCUUCUAGAGAAUAUUAAAAAUUCUGCUACGGCGGAUGUCCGUAAAGGUGAAAGGAGAAAAUACGGUUUAUGUAGGGCUGAACGUGGAAGAGAAGCCUUGUGGAGGGUUGAAUGUCCAUUAUUUAUUUGCAUUAUCCGUAAAGAGAUUGUCUAG